AAGCUAUCUCAAACUUUGAGCAUUUUCUAAGGUAAUAAAAAAUUACAUUGCAAUUGCACACAAUUCAUAUGCAUGUGCAUCAUAUCAUCAACGCGAACCAUCAUCACCAAGCGAUCGGGUCAGUUAACAGACUGAGGCAUCUGUAGUAUUUUACUUUCAGAGAUCGAGUAAACAAAUAAAGAAGAUGUUGAUCAAAGUGAAGACACUCACCGGGAAAGAGAUUGAAAUUGACAUCGAGCCUAUGGACAAGGUUGAGAGGAUAAAAGAAAGAGUAGAAGAGAAAGAGGGUAUUCCUCCAGCACAACAGAGGUUAAUUUUCAGCGGUAAACAAAUGAAUGAUGACAAGACCGCCCAAGAUUACAAAGUGACCGGUGGAUCUGUUCUUCAUCUUGUUCUAGCUCUAAGAGGAGGAAAUCGAUGAUGGAACAAGUAUCAGAAUAACUCAAUUUUUUUAAAAGCUGAUCUUAUCCCAGUAUUGUAUCAGAUAAUUAUCAAAGCGGCACUUCAUUAGGGAAUAUUUAUAUUAUAUACACUGUUUGCUUGAUGAAUAUUGGAGGGGUGGGGAUGUGCCAACAGCUGUCCAAAGAAUGACGGCCCUUUAUACAAAAAAAAAUGUGAUUAAAAGUUCUUGGUUGUAAUUUAAAGUUAAUCGUCAAAGGAUUUUUUGAAUAAAUAUUUCAGUUUGAUACAUUUUGAUUGAUUUUUUUUGUAAGAAAUAUAAUAUCUACCACAGUAUUGAAAUUCUUAGUGGAAUUUUAGUACACAGAACAAUGGGCUACUGGCUUCUAUCAGAGGCACUGUCACGUAUAGUACUACAAUGGAUGAUUUCAAGUUUAGUGCUAACCUUUUGGUGUUGAUGUUAGGUCAUGUUUACAUGAGCAUAGCACCAAAUAUGAAAAAAAAAUUGCUCCUUAAAAGUCACUCACUUGGCAUUGAGCGAUUAAUAUUGUGAUUUGGAUUAUUUGUGUGAACUCAGAAUAGGUUUUGGAGUUAGGAAACACAAUCCAAAUUGUGCUUCCAACACGAACACUAGACUUCAAAUCACCCAGUGUAAUAAGAUUUACCUCUGUCAAAUGGCAGAAAAUUCAACAUUGAACCUGUCCAGAGUUUAAAACGGUUGUACCAUCUGUACUUUUCCAAAUGGUCUGUAAAGCAGUCUGUAAGUCUGUAAAGUGUGAAUUGAAAAGUCCAGUCAUUACAUAAUUAGAUGGUAUCAAUCAACAGUAGUUUGUGACCUUAAAAGGCUGUAAAAUACUGCCACAGUCAUACCAAGAAAAACAAUGAUAUACCACUGGUUGACAUACCACACUGUAGCAUUAGGUUUCACAAUGUCACAGAUAAGAUUUCUCUUCUGGUAAUCCCAGACCUGCCAACUGUCCAGAUUUUCAACUUUUAAAAUGGCCAAAAAUCAGAACAUCUUGAUUUCAGAAAUUUCAAGUGAAAAAAAAUGUUGAAAAAUCCCAUAGACCCAUUCCUGCUAGACAGUCCUCGAUACGUCUUAAAUAGCCCAGUCCUGUUAGGUUUAAAGUUGCUAAACUACAGGAAUUUCAGGGAAGAACUGCCUUCUUGACCCUUGCAUGGGGCUCUGCCCCUGGACCCCAUCGGGGGCUUAGACUGAGUUUGCCCCGUGGACCCCUGGCCAUCAGUUGUCCAGAUUUUGCAUUUCUAAAUGUUGGCAGGUUUGUAAUCAGAAUUAUGGUUCAUGUCCGUUUUAUUAUGUUUCAACUUGUUUGACAAGUUUCAUUUUUCGUAUCUGUGCGAGAGUUGCAUGUGAUUUGCAACUUGCCAAUCGUAAUCUGUUAUGAGAAGGAAGUUUUGAUUGAUUAUAGCAAGGAAUUUUGCAUGUUUGAUAAGUACAUGUAGAAGACUAUGUAUGGCCAACAUCAAAUAUGACAGGGGUGUAUUUUUUUCAGGCUAAAGCUUGAAUUCUUGGGGCCAUAGAAACACAUAGGCUUGUUUAAGAUGAUUUUCAGGCUUUGAAAUCAAUUCAUAGUGAAAUCCCUGCAUAAAUGAAAGACAGUUUAAUCAACAUCAAUACAAGACAACAGAAUAUAAAGACAUCAAAAUAGAGGAAAUUAAUGCAAUUCUCCAUGUAUGUGAUUUCAAUUGAUCUAAGGCUGGCUUUUUAUAUAAUAGAUUUUUUGUUAGUUAAAAGGUGGUAAAAGUACAACUAUGAGUACGUAUACCUCUUGCAAUUGCAUGAUGGUUGUAUAUGAUGUACAUUACAAUUACAUGCCUGGCAAUAUUUGUAUCUGCUGUAUAUUAUUGUUUCAUUAAUUUUUGUUAAUUACUUAAGGACAAACCUUUGGUUUAGCUGCCACUGCUAAGUUUGUUACAAUUUGGUUUUCUGACUUUUUUUUCAUUUUAUGAAACAAGAAACAAACUUAGCUACCAUAUUGAAUAUCAAAUUUGAGGUGACAGAUAAAAGAUGCCUGUAGUUAAUGCCACAUUAAAUCAACUAUAAAUCUGGACAGGUGGUGUAUAUAUAUAUGUGAACAAUUUUGAAGGUUUAACUCCACUUAGUGGUCCAAUUUCUGUAAGCAUUUGUUACUGCUUGUAAAAUAUGAGAAACCAGAGCUACCGGUACACAAUAUAUCUAUAUAUUUAUAUUUCUUGUCAAGGUUGUGGAUAAUUUGUUUCAUGUGGUUAACAAAUAUAAGGGUAGCUCAAGGGAAUGCCAUUUGUUGUUGCUAGACUGCAAACCAAUUUGAAAGAAUUUUUCUUUUUAAUCUGCCACAGAUAUACAAGUAUUCCACUAUUUUUCUGUUAUACAAUCCAAUGUUAUUGUUUCCCCCCUAUCAGCGCUGGUUUAUGUGUAUCAUUUCCUUCAUAAUGCGUCACUCGAUGUAACAUUUCUGUCAUUGUAUUGAAUGUCAGUUGUGUAUAUAUAAUAUUGGUGCCUGUACUUGCAAAAGUUAUGAUGAUUCAUACUAUCUAUACUUGGUAACAAAAAGCUUUUAUCCCCAAAAUGGUAAAUGUUCAAGAGAUAUUUUUUUCUCCUUUUUUUUCCAAUUGCUACUGUACUCCAUAGGGAUGGUUUUCCCUUUGGCCGAGUAUUUUGGGUUCCAUUUUGUAAGAUGGAGGGAUUUUUUAAUAUGAUAUCACAUAUCAUCAUCAUCUAAAGAAUCUAUGCACUUCCAUUGCUUUCUGCAAUGAAACCUUGUUCUAACUGCUCCACAACUGAGACCAGUCAAUUUCUUAAUAUCAUUACCAAGUGCUUCACUGUCUACCCCUUUUCUUUUUACCAGGUCACACUUGUCAUUUAAACCAAAAAAAGUAAUUUUCCCCAAAAAUAUGAUAAACAAGAUAUGUGACGUUUAAAAUGAUACCAUGUGACCAUUCCACCACAAAAUAACAUUGAGUUAAGAUGAUUUAGUAAAAGAAAAGAUGACAAAAUUAGCAAUUAAAAUUAUCUAUCUAUUGGAAUUUUUUUCUCACACAAACUUUCUAGUUGUGCUAGCAUGUCAAAAAUCUUCUUGUAACUCAUUGUUUUUGUGGCAGAGGGUCAUAUACAAAACUAUUCAGUAACUUGAAUUCUGUUAUCUAGUGAUUUUGUUUCUAUGACAUGUAUUAGAUACAUGAAAAUUGACUCAAGUCAGCUUGCUUGAAUGAUCUGUAACAGGUUUAUAAUUUGUAGCUGUUUGUAUGUACAUUACAUGUGCUUGUAAUAUUUGAUGUACUAUUGGAGGGACAUCAUAUGCUUACUUAUUAAAUUGUUGAUAUA